ACAUACAUCACAAUAUGCAACAGUGCGCCCUCAAGUAACUUUAAAUUCACAGAGUUCGACUGUUUUACCAGGGUGAGAGAAGUCACUCUGAUUGAUGUGUCUUUGCACUCGAAUACUUUUAAGGACAUGGAGAAAAUCACAAAAAUGAGCGAAAUAACUUUUAAAGGAAAAACAAAGCUAGUUGGCGAUACAAGCGUAAAGGUAGACAUAGACAGCCUUGAGAGUCUGGUGAUAAGCGGACUAGACGUGGCAGAAAUAAAACACUUUUUGUCGGCUCUGGAUAUUGAAUCCAGAGAGUACUCGUCAUUUCGGCUGUCAAUUGAAAAGAUCAGCUUGGUCGAUACUCAGAUCAUCUCCAGUCUAUCUUACCUCCCUUCUCUGGCCUGUCUGUCACUGAAUGACAUAGUGUUCAAGGGGGUGCCUGAUUUUACUUUCAUCAAAAGAAUUAAAAGCCUGCACACCUUGAGAAUGCUGAACAUUUUCUAUGGGUACAAUGAAAAGUACGAAGAAAGCUCAUUCGAAAACAUUAGAAAAAAUGUAAACUAUUUGAACAUAAGCCAGGUGCAGAACGAAAGCAAAUACAGCGAAUACACAGAGGAAGAGAAGAGCAUUAUUGCAGAGAAUAAAAAGAUAGGAAGUGAGAUUUCUCUCUCCUACUUCUCCUCGAACAAUAACAUUUAUAGCGAUCUGGGCAUUAGCAAAGUCAAGCUGAGAGAGUUUACUAGCAUACACGUUGCGUUUCCUCUUUUGAAGGGAAGAACAGUGUACGACGCACUGAUUUAUGACAUGAACUUUUCUUUGAACCUGAAAGAGAAGAGUCUGACCAUUAUGGCAAACAUGCCAUUUGAAGAAAAUGAGAUACUUACUGGAAUAACCAACAGUCUAGAUUGUCCUUUUAGCUCGUGCGAUGAGAUUAAGAACAUAAAAAUAAGCAUAACCAACAAAUCAUAUCUAAGUGAUAAGUUUGUACAUACUCUGAUAAGUUUGUUGUUUUUAUAUCCAGACUCCAACCCCAUUGAAACUAUAACAAUUCUUUCAAAAGAGACUGCAUCUGUGCAUAUAGAAAAACUUAUUGAGUGCGGCAAAAGGUUCAAAACUCUGAAAAGAAUAGAGUUUAUAAACAGUCGGCCAUAUAAGAAUGGAUCUCCUAUUGUUAAAGAUGAUACUAUAGAAGAAGUAAAAGAUACACUUGACUACAAAAUAGAUAUGAUAGCUAAAGUUGAAAAAGAAAGUUAUAGCUACAGAACCAUUAUCACCUUCUCCAGAGAGGCUCA